GGCCAGACUAUUGACAUGGAAAGAAGAUAUGGUUCUGAUGUAAUAGAUGUAGCAAAAAGGGAAGAUUUAAAUAGAGUGUAUCAACUAGGCCCUAAAGUGUAUGCUAAUUGUGCCGGAUUUAUUCGAAUUCGACCAAGAGCGUUGGAGUCAUUUGAUGAUACUCGUAUUCAUCCUACAUAUUACAUUUUAGCGCGUAAAAUGGCUGCGGAUGCUCUUGAUCUGGACGAUGAUGAGGCAGAGGAGGAAUUACAACAAUCUAAUCGUCGCGAUUUUCUUAGAAGAUUAUCAGAAGAACCGGAUAGACUUAAUGAUCUUAUUUUGGAGGAUUAUGCCAAAAGUCUUUCAAAAUAUUAUGAAUCACCAACAAAAUUAAUUUUACACAAUAUCAAGACUGAAAUGAUGAAUCCUUAUGCAGAUCCUCGAAAGCCUUUUGAAAUACCUCCUCCCGCUAAAAUUUUCGAAAUGAUCAUAGGAGAAACUGACGACACACUAUAUGAAGGUCUCAUAGUGUGUGUCAAGAUAUACAAAAUAGAAGACAAGGCACUCAAAUGCCAGCUUGAUUCAGGAUUGGAUGGAACAAUUACCAUUGGUUAUGUCGCAGAUCACAGAAUAGAGUCUCAGGAAUUACGAUCAAGAUUCCAUAUAGAUCAACAAAUCUAUGCAAAAAUUUUGUCCAUUGACAAGAUAAAAUUUUCUGUUACUCUGAGUUGUCGUCCGAGAGAUGUGAAUGGCAAACAAACCAUUCAAUCUCAAAGGUCUGUCGACUCUGACUAUGAUUAUGAUGCAGAGGCAAGGGCACAAUCUUCAAAACAAGUUAAGCCAAGGAAUGUAAUUACUCAUAAACCUCAUACACGUGUGAUACCACAUCCUAUGUUCAAACCGUUUACUUUUGCGGAAGCACAAGAUUAUCUUCGUGAUAAGCAACCCGGUUCUUUGGUAAUCCGACCAUCAUCCAAAGGGCAUAAUUAUAUAAGUAUUACUUGGAAACUUUAUGAUAAUAUUUAUCAGCACAUUGAUGUUAUUGAAGAAGAUAAGACUGGGGCCGUAAUCGGACGUAAACUUUUAGUUGAAAAUGGCAAAUAUGUCUAUUCUGAUUUGGAUGAACUAAUUGUUGAAUAUGUAGAGUCCAAAGCUCAGAAAGUUGAAGCUUUAGUGAACCAUCCGAAAUACAAGGCUACAGAAGAUAUACUAAGGGAUUUUCUUAACAUGUCUUUAACAGUUAAUCCAAGACAGUCUGAAUAUGGAUUUUGUCUUGAUACUAAGACUCCUGGCUGGUUCUCAUUUAUGUUCAAGUUCAAGCCAGGAUCUCAAAUUGAUACCUGGAUUGGAUCUAUUAGACCAGAUGGAUACAAAUUAAAGGAUCAAAUUUAUCCUACAGUUGUAGACUUAAUCAACGGCUUUAAACGAAACGUAUCAAAGAAUUCUGUGGGAUUCUUUCUUGCAAAGUUCUCGUUGAAAACACUUAUUGAUAAUAUGGGUUCCAGUUCUCAGUCAACAACAUUGUCUAAUGGACUCAAUAGUCGUGCUCGAAGUCCUGAACAAAGAUUUUUAUUCAUUAAUAAUGAAACACCAAUUGUGUUCGGUGUCAAACGUGAUGUACCCGAAAGACAUACUUUAGUGGAAAAAAUAAAAGAACAUGGUGGCGAAGUGACUGACAAUUUCUGCGAAGCCGAUUUUGUACUUGGUGACCCUACAAAAACUCAAAUACCAACUCAAGGAACUGAUAAGAUAAUUAGUUAUAAAUUUAUAUUGGAUUCGAUUGCUGCUAAAAGGCUACGACCCACAAGUAGUUAUGAAUUGGUUAUUUCUGGCUUAAGAUCCGGCCGACGCCAUUUUACGCUACAAGAUGAUAUAGACUUGGAAAAUUAUCUGAAGUCAAUACCUGAAACUGAAGGUCUUAGUGGAAAUGAAAUAUAUAAACAAUUUGAAAAAAUCAAUCCGCGACAUAGUUGGCAAUCUUGGCGUUCUCGGGCACUCAAAAAGAUUGUGGACAAUAUUAACGUUGCCCGCAGUGCACAAAUAAUAAGUAACGUCCGGACAACCAAUAACUCAUCUACAUCGCAUUAUGCAGAUCCUGAUGAUCUAGCAACGGAAGAAAUGUUAGAAUCUGCUAUAAAUAAAACAGUAGAGAAUGAGUUCACUGAUACGAAUAAUCAAAUAAAUUAUGUAGAGAUACAAGAUACUUCUCGGCAAACAUCUGAAAUUGUAGAAAAUGAGAUCACUGAUACGAGUGAUCAAAUAAAUUUUGUAGAGAUGCAAGAUACUUCGCUGCAAACAUCUGGAACUGUAGAAAACGAGGUCACUGAAGUGAUUGAUCAAAUAAAUUAUGCAGAGAUACAAGGUACUUCACAGCAAACAUCUGGAAUACUUGGCAGAAGACGUCGCAUUGAUGAAGAUGUGCAAGAACAACCGGUAGCCAAACGUCAGAGAUAUUCAGCUGUCGAUGAAGAAUUUUUGCUUAAAAUUAAAGAAUUGUCUGAAGAGUUUCAUGUUCCUAAGACGGAAGUGAUUCGAUUACUAGGCGAUACUUCAUGUAAUUUCGAAGUGGUUAGAGACUACUUAAACAAUAAUGUAAUCGAUGAAAAAUAUUUUUGGGGAAAUGAAGAAGAUGCGAUUCUUUUGGCAUCUACGGAUCAAACACAAUUUGGAGACAUUUUACGAAAACACGGC